CACGGAUUCACCCUCUGAAAUUUUUCCACAACCUGAAAUCUCCAAGUGAAACCACUGGCCCAGUGCCAAGGACAGCUGGCAGGACGUUGGUGCCUUUUCCAGGGAGCUCUGGCUGCUGGGCUUUGUGGCACAUCAGCCUCUCCACAGACAGCCAGAUUUGAGGACCAGCUCCUAGACAAUGAACUUCCAGGUGACAGGACUGGCCCUGGACAAAAUGAAGCUGGACAGUCCACAUUCCUUCCUGGACUCAGAGGAGGUGGAAGAAGCAGAGGACCAGCAGCUGCUGGAGCCAGAGGCUUGGAGGACCUAUAUGGAGCGACGCAAUGUGCUGCGUGAGUUUCUGACCGCAGACCUGAGUCCCCAGUUGCUCAAGCGCCAUCAUGCCCGCAUGCAGCUGCUCAAAAAGUGUUCCUACUACAUUGAGAUCCUCCCUAAGCACCUGGCCCUGGGUGACCAGAACCCACUGGUGCUGCCUAACACCAUGUUCCAGCUCAUUGACCCCUGGAAGUUUCAACGCAUGAAGAAGGUGGGCACAGCACAGACCAAGAUCCAGCUCCUGCUGCUUGGGGACCUGCUGGAGCAGCUGGACCAUGGCCGAGCAGCACUGGAUGCCCUGCUUGAGGCCCCUGACCCACGGCCCUUCCUGGCUGGCUGGGGGCUUGUGGAGCAACAAUUGGCAGACCUGUCAGUUGUCAUGGAUAACUUCCUGGCCAUGAUGGUACCAGGGCACCUGCAUGUCAAGCACCGCCUGGUAUCUGACAUUGGAGCCACCAAAAUCCCACACAUUCGGCUUAUGCUAAGUACGAAGAUGCCAGUUAUGUUCGACCGGAAGGAGUCAGUGGCCCAUCAGGACUGGGUCAGCCUGCGCUGGUUUGUUACCAUCCAAUCAGCAGCACCAGAGCAGUAUGAGCUGCGCUUCAAGCUGCUGGAGCCUCGGACACAACAGGAGUGUACACAGUGUGGCAUAGUCCCUGUGGCUGCCUGCACCUUUGAUGUCCACAACCUGUUGCCCAACCGUACCUACAAGUUCACUAUCAAGAGGGCAGAAAGCUACACCCUGGUGUAUGAGCCCUGGCGGGACAGCCUCACCUUGCAGACCACUCCAGGACCCCCUGAAGGGCCUGUCCCCAGUCGGCUGGGCAAGCCCAGCCUGCCCUUGACCACACCUUCUGAGAGAUGAUUUUCUAAUAUUUAUCCACUAAUAAAGAGGAAUAUACACACACCAAAUUAAAGACACAACCCUACUUAGGCCUUAAGAUAACACCAACCACAUAGUGUUUCCCUGAUGGCCCAGCAUCCCACGAACCCCAGAACCCCUGCCUUCUGUCUUUUCCAGGAGAGCCCCAGGCUGGACAUUUCAGGACCACUGUCCACUGGAGCAGGAAGUGCUGGCUGCUAGUACCUGGCUGCUACCUCCAAUAAUAAGAGCUGUCCCAAGAGAACUCAACUCUCUCAGCCUCAGCACCUUAUAUGCCCCUUACCCUCAUAGCCAUAACCAGAUUUCUUUACCAGCCUCCUAGUUUGAGAUCCCUGAGGAAGAUGAUGUUUUGGUCCUGUCUAGACAC